AUGGCGCCCACCCCCUCAAACGGAGACGGAAAAUUCUCUCUAGAAGGAACCCUCGACAACCUAAAACGGCCCGUCGAUCCCGAAAAGAAAAGACGCGAAGCACAAGCCCAAGCCCAAGCACAAGCCGAAAUACUCGAACGGGAAAAAAAAGCUGCAGAACAAAAAGCUAAAGAAUCCCAAGCGAGCGCUUCUCAGGAACCCAAGUUAUCUUCUCUUAGGGAAAGACUUAAUAUUAAAGCGCCUCCUAAUCCGGAGGAAAAGAGACGAGAGGCGCAGAGAGCUGCUGAGGAGAUGGAGAAGGAGAAGGAGAAGGAAAAGGAGAAGGAGAAGGAAAAAGAGAAACAGCGCGUUAAAGAUGCUGAGAAAGCAGGUGGCAGGGAAAGAAGUAGACGGUCACCUUCUCGUACUGAGCGGAAGAGGCGUUCUAGUAGAAGGCGCAGGGAUACUUCUGCAGAUGAGAGUGCGCCGAAAAUGGAGAAGAAAACUACACGACCUUCCGGAGAUAAGAAAGAUAUUCCAGACGUUCCAAAAUCACGGGAUUAUGAAGAUCAGAGGGAAAUUCGAGGAGGGGGUGAAAAACCUCGUGCAAGAGCUAGAAGUACUAAACCGAGAUCAAAUAGUAAAGCGAGAGCUACAAAUGACUCAUCUGGUCAGAAUCGUGAUACUGAAAUUCCGUAUCGUUCUCGACGAGGUGAUGAGGGAAGAAAUUCGAGAGUGGAUAUUGAAGGGGAUAGAAGGAGAGAUUCGGAACGGAGACAACGGAGAGAAGGUCAUGAGGAAAGACGUCGGAAGGAUGAACGAGAUGAAGAUUCAGAUGAAGAAGGACGGCGUAUUAGAGACCACCGUCGAGGAAAAGAAGAAGAUCGCUUACAAGCUGAAGAGGAAGCCCGAAGAGAAGCAAGACUCAAAGAAACACGACUCAAAGAAGAGAAAGAGAAACCGCGAAGGGAAAAAGAACCUCGUAAACGACAAGAAUAUAGAGAAGAUGAGAAUGAAGAAAUCCGAUAUGAACAACGGAGAAAAGAUGAUAGAAUUGAAGGUAGAAAUCGUAGACGAGAUGGAGAAGAUGAGAGUGAAAAAGAUCGUCUCAUCAAGCUGGAAAAUUCUUCAAGUUUGAAGAAGAAAAGUAGACAGAAGGAAAGAGAAUUAGAUGAGAAGGAACGAGCGAAACUUCAGGAGAAAGAGGAGUACAUGAUAUAUAAGGAGAAGAAAAAAGUUCAGGAUAAACAGAUUCAAGCUCAACAGAAAUAUACGCAGGGAGUUAGGAUGGAAGGUGGAGGUAGAGAAAGAGAUAGGGAUAGGGAUACAGACAGGGAUAGAAGAGAAAGAUAUCGUGCAAGUGAACGACAAGGUGGAUACGAUCAAAACACUUAUGCACCUGGUUACGGUUCUGGAAGUGGUGGUGAGCAAUAUCGUCAGCAUCGAUCGAAUACUAUUAAUCCUAAUGGGUAUCCCUCGAAUCGAGAUCCGCGCCAUGAUCCGCGUUUAGAUACACGUACAGAUCCACGUAUAGAUCCACGUUCAGACCCAAGCAGUUAUUAUAAUCCCAGACGACAGAACCAGUACUGA